UAAAAGACUGUCUCAACAGCUCCGAGUGGUUGGAACCUUUCUCCCUCUCCUUCCCUUCCCCUUCCCCUCCCAGGAAAGGCUGAGACACGGCACCGGGGCUGUCCCGUGGCGGCUGCGGCCUCAGCUACUACCCGGCUGGGGUACGGAAAGUCCAGGCCGCUUCCAGGGCGAGUGCUCCUGAUUGUGACAUCACACCCAUCCCUUUGGUGAUAGAACUUACUCUGGGAAGGAAGACUCAGUUGGAGAAUAGCCAACAAGAUGGGUUACUGGGAGCCUCUCCUGAGUGGCACUGAGUGGAGGCAUCAGGGGGUUGGAGCCUUGUGAACAGGGAACCUGCCCCCCAACACUUGGAAGCCUGGUGUCUGUACUACAAGAAUGGCGGUAGCUAUCAUCUGGAACAGCAGUAACCAGUCUUAGGUUGCAUUCAUUGAAGUAGAGAGGACAGAAGGCCCUGGGUUUCAGUGAUGAGACAUGGGGUAUGAUGUAACCCGCUUCCAGGGGGAUGUUGACGAAGAUCUUAUCUGUCCUAUUUGCAGUGGCGUCUUGGAGGAGCCAGUCCAGGCACCUCAUUGCGAGCAUGCUUUCUGCAAUGCCUGUAUCACCCAGUGGUUCUCUCAGCAGCAGACGUGUCCGGUGGACCGUAGCGUAGUGACGGUUGCCCACCUACGCCCAGUACCUCGGAUCAUGCGGAACAUGUUGUCAAAGCUGCAGAUUGCCUGCGACAACGCUGUGUUUGGCUGCAGUGCUGUUGUCCGGCUUGACAACCUAAUGUCUCACCUCAGCGACUGUGAGCACAACCCAAAACGGCCUGUGACCUGUGAACAGGGCUGCGGCCUGGAGAUGCCCAAAGAUGAGCUGCCAAACCACAACUGCAUUAAGCACCUGCGCUCAGUGGUACAGCAGCAGCAGACACGCAUCGCAGAGCUGGAGAAGACCUCAGCUGAACACAAACACCAGCUGGCAGAGCAGAAGCGAGACAUUCAGCUGCUGAAGGCGUACAUGCGUGCAAUCCGCAGCGUCAACCCCAACCUUCAGAACUUGGAGGAGACUAUUGAAUACAAUGAGAUCCUAGAGUGGGUGAACUCCCUACAGCCAGCUAGGGUGACCCGCUGGGGAGGGAUGAUCUCCACCCCGGACGCUGUACUCCAGGCUGUGAUCAAGCGCUCCCUGGUGGAGAGUGGCUGUCCUGCCUCUAUUGUCAACGAGCUGAUAGAAAAUGCCCACGAGCGAAGCUGGCCCCAGGGUCUGGCCACACUGGAGACAAGACAGAUGAACCGGCGGUACUAUGAGAACUAUGUGGCCAAGCGCAUCCCCGGCAAGCAGGCUGUUGUGGUGAUGGCCUGUGAGAACCAGCAUAUGGGUGACGACAUGGUGCAGGAGCCGGGGCUGGUCAUGAUAUUUGCGCACGGCGUGGAGGAGAUAUAGAUUUCAGCAGGCUGGCAGGAAAAGAUGGAAAUCAGAAAAUCUCAUCACUCCAGUAGCUGAGCCCUGAGUCCUUCCCACUGUCCUUAACACUGUGGCUGGUACUGGAGCCACAUCUCCCUGUGCUUCUGGCACUGAAGGGCCCUGGAACACUUUGCUCAGCCUUUCAGGUGGGAAACUCAGAUUCCCCUCUUUUGCCUAAUUUCUUCCCUGCAGAUGUCUGUAAAUUUUCAGUCUGGGUAGGAAAGUCCCCACUUCUAUAUGUUUUCCUGCCUGGGGUCCCUGGUUCCAGACAUUUUCAGAAAGCACAAAGGUAUUCAUUUCCUCCCCAGAGGAUCAGGGUAGUGCAAGAAACCUUGAAUCGUUCCCCUUCUUCAAAACCAGGGAAUUGAGCAGGCAGUCCUGUUGGCUCUCAACACUUAGAGGGCCGCUCUGGGGAGCAGACAUCCUGAAGAAGCAGUAAAGGUGGAAACCCAAACCCUAGAAAUAAUGAGCCAGUAACUCACCAUGACUGAUGGCCCUUAGGGGAAGACUGGACCUCUGUGCCAAGCAAUACCUUGUUCAGCCCACCUUAGAGGUGCGGGCUGCCGCUGGGUCUGCACGUGUGCAAGUUGGGAAGCCGAAAAUUCCCAGAUGAACUCUCCUUGCCCACACUUCCUCUUAAUUAGGGAAUGACAGGAAUGGGGGUAGGGGGUUAGUCUGUUGGGGUGACUAUGCUCAGCAAGAAGCAGCACCCUGGCUUUUGCUGAAAUCAGGUAGGCAGGCGCCUCUUGUGGCACAGGCUGUGAUAGUUCCACCACCCCCUCCAGCCCUGAGAUUGUAACCAGUUAUGCUGAUAAUUUCCUUUGGCCAUUGUUUGUUUAUAUUUCAUUGUCCCCCUCCCACUUUUUUUUUUUUUUUUUUU